CCCGACCCCAGGUGAUCCGCCUGCCUGGGCCUCCCAAAGUGCUGGCAUUAGAGGCGUGAGACACUACGCCCUGCCCCACACACUCUUUCUGUCUCUGGCUGGUGUACAUACACACAGUUCAGAUUUUAGAUUAUACAUACAACAACUUUGAGGCUUCCAUGGGUAGAAAUGACCUAAGUUUGUGUGUGGGUUGUAUGUAUGUGCCUGUUAGUACCUAGGGAUAGGGACAGGGCUUGGGGCUGCCAGUGCUUUGCAGCCCUGAGAAUAGUAGAAGGCCAGAGGCCAAGGCUGAUGGUGAGAGGAUAGCCUUUGUGGAGGAGAGCCCAGUGUCCAUAGAUGUCUGUGGACCAUGACUACAGGCUCCUGGCCUCCAAUGAGUUUGACUCUGCUUCUGGGGCUCCUGCAGUGAGGCAGAGUUUAGAAAAACUUUGUUUUAAAGAUGAGGUUUGACAUCCAGGGGGUUGGCGUGAAGCUGACAAGGAAGGGGCUGAAGUCUUGCUAAUUUUAACCCCCUCUAUUGGCCCAGGAAGCCCACCCUGCCCCACCACGCAGAGCCCAGAAGGAAAGAGAGCCUCAUGCCUGAGCCGAGGGGAGCACCAUGGAUCUGACAAAAAUGGGCAUGAUCCAGCUGCAGAACCCUAGCCACCCCACGGGGCUGCUGUGCAAGGCCAACCAGAUGCGGCUGGCCGGGACUCUGUGCGAUGUGGUCAUCAUGGUGGACAGCCAGGAGUUCCACGCCCACCGGACGGUGCUGGCCUGCACCAGCAAGAUGUUUGAGAUCCUCUUCCACCGCAACAGUCAGCACUAUACUCUGGACUUCCUCUCGCCAAAGACCUUCCAGCAGAUUCUGGAGUAUGCAUAUACAGCCACGCUGCAAGCCAAGGCGGAGGACCUGGAUGACCUGCUGUAUGCUGCCGAGAUCCUGGAGAUCGAGUACCUGGAGGAGCAGUGCCUGAAGAUCCUGGAGACCAUCCAGGCCUCAGACGACAAUGACACGGAGGCCACCAUGGCCGACGGUGGGGCCGAGGAAGAAGAGGACCGCAAGACUCGGUACCUCAAGAACAUCUUCAUCUCAAAGCAUUCCAGCGAGGAGAGUGGGUAUGCCAGUGUGGCUGGACAGAGCCUCCCUGCGCCCAUGGUGGACCAGAGCCCUUCAGUCUCCACCUCAUUUGGUCUUUCAGCCAUGAGUCCCACCAAGGCUGCAGUGGACAGUUUGAUGACCAUAGGACAGUCUCUCCUGCAGGGAACACUUCAGCCACCUGCAGGGCCCGAGGAGCCAACUCUGGCUGGGGGUGGGCGGCACCCUGGGGUGGCUGAGGUGAAGACGGAGAUGAUGCAGGUGGAUGAGGUGCCCAGCCAGGACAGCCCUGGGGCAGCUGAGUCCAGCGUCUCAGGAGGGAUGGGGGACAAAGUUGAGGAAAGAGGCAAAGAGGGGCCUGGGACCCCAACUCGAAGCAGCGUCAUCACCAGUGCUAGGGAGCUGCACUAUGGGCGAGAGGAGAGUGCCGAGCAGCUGCCACCCCCAGCUGAGGCUGGCCAGGCCCCCACUGGCCGACCUGAGCACCCAGCACCCCCGCCUGAGAAGCAUCUGGGCAUCUACUCCGUGUUGCCCAACCACAAGGCUGACGCUGUGUUGAGCAUGCCAUCUUCGGUGACCUCUGGCCUCCACGUGCAGCCUGCCCUGGCUGUCUCCAUGGACUUCAGCACCUAUGGGGGGCUGCUGCCCCAGGGCUUCAUCCAGAGGGAGCUGUUCAGCAAGCUGGGGGAGCUGGCUGUGGGCAUGAAGUCAGAGAGCCGGACCAUCGGGGAGCAGUGCAGCGUGUGUGGGGUCGAGCUUCCUGAUAACGAGGCUGUGGAGCAGCACAGAGAGAAGUGGUGUCUCUUGUCAUCUAGAUGUUCUUGUAGGAGCACCAGAGUCAUUGCAACCAUGACCACAGAGUCGAAAAAUGACCACCCCAGGCCUCCCAGGCUUACAUGUGACCAGGCUGGAUUCAUCUUUCCCUGUGUGUAUCCCAAAUUCGAGAAAGAGGUGCAGUCUGUCUGGUGCAGCUUGGAUAGUUAUCUCCUCUUGGCCAGUCACUCACCGAAGGCUUUAUGGAAGCUGCACAGUGGGAUGAAGACGUACGGGUGCGAGCUCUGCGGGAAGCGGUUCCUGGAUAGUUUGCGGCUGAGAAUGCACUUACUGGCUCAUUCAGCGGGUGCCAAAGCCUUUGUCUGUGAUCAGUGCGGUGCACAGUUUUCGAAGGAGGAUGCCCUGGAGACGCACAGGCAGACCCAUACUGGCACUGACAUGGCCGUCUUCUGUCUGCUGUGUGGGAAGCGCUUCCAGGCGCAGAGCGCACUGCAGCAACACAUGGAGGUCCACGCGGGCGUGCGCAGCUACAUCUGCAGCGAGUGCAACCGCACCUUCCCCAGCCACACGGCCCUCAAACGCCACCUGCGCUCACAUACAGGCGACCACCCCUACGAGUGUGAGUUCUGUGGCAGCUGCUUCCGGGAUGAGAGCACACUCAAGAGCCACAAACGCAUCCACACGGGUGAGAAACCCUAUGAGUGCAAUGGCUGUGGCAAGAAGUUCAGCCUCAAGCAUCAGCUGGAGACGCACUAUAGGGUGCACACAGGUGAGAAGCCCUUUGAGUGUAAGCUGUGCCACCAGCGCUCCCGGGACUACUCGGCCAUGAUCAAGCACCUGAGAACGCACAACGGCGCCUCGCCCUACCAGUGCACCAUCUGCACAGAGUACUGCCCCAGCCUCUCCUCCAUGCAGAAGCACAUGAAGGGCCACAAGCCCGAGGAGAUCCCGCCCGACUGGAGGAUAGAGAAGACGUACCUCUACCUGUGCUACGUGUGAAGGGAGGCCCGCGGCGGUGGAGCCGAGCGGGGAGCCAGGAAAGAAGAGUUGGAUCGAGAUGAAGGAAGGACUAUGAAAAAUAAAAAAGGAAAAGAAAAAAAAAAGAGAAGGAAAAGGAAACCUGAUAGCUUUUUGGCCUUGGAUUCUCUCUGGGCUCCAGAUGACCUGGAUGCCAAGCCACUGCCCCUCCUCUGGGGGCCUCCACCCUCCUCUCCCGGCUGGAGGUUUGCCUGAUUUUCUGGGAUGGGGUGGGGUAUUUUGUUCACUCAAAUGGUGGCACAUUUUUCUCCUGCCUUCACCCAGAUCUUCCUUUAUGUGUCCAGAAACGGAGGCUAGAAAGCAGGUGAGAGGUCCUCUGAUCAGAGCCACACAGUCUCUGCCGGCCUUGCUCCCGCAAGACCUCCAGAAGAUGAAGGCAGGGAGGAGGGGAGCCAGACGGUGCUCCCCUGCCGAUGGGGCUGGGCUGGGUCACUAGCUGCUCAAAGUGGCAGCUCUAGUUUGCUGGCGGCCGACUGGGGAGAGGAAGGGCUCUGUUUCUCUUCCCACCACUCAGCCCACCUGCUGCUUUCCUCUGCUUUGCCACAUCUGGGUGUCCCCUGGUGGUCUCUGAGAGCCUCUGGACCCCUGCCCCUCCCCCAGCUCUUUGUUCCCAGCCUCCCCUUGACUCCUGUCCUCCAAGUCCCAGGGGAGUCUCAGCCCCUCAGGAGCCUGGCGGUGUCUCCAUCCUUCUCCAGUUCCCUAGUGGGACAGCUGCCUCAGACUUCAGAGCCCCUCCUUCCCUCAGCUUUCUGAGAACACAAAACAAAUCCAAUACCCCACCCUAGUCCAGGCCCAUUGUGAGCAAGAUUCCUGCUGCGCUGCUUCCAAAAUGGAAAAGCAUCACAACUAAAUACCUAAUAUUUUACCAAACAAACCACAGUCCCUACGUGGCCCUACUUCAGUCCCAGGAGAAGGAAUCCAUGAAAGGGCUGAUGUUCCAAGGGAAGGUUGUGGAUGUCUUUCUCUAGAGGGGCCCUACACCUGGGGAAGAGGAUACCCAGCCCGUGGGGUGACGGAAGCUGGGCAAGGGAGAAAGUUGUUGAGUCACACUGAGGACCCUAGAUGUAGUGAGCUCAGCAAGAAAAGCCAGGUCCAGAGAGAGUCGCACAGAAUUCCUGACUCACAGCGCUCCUCGGUCCACAGUGGAGAGGAGGAGGAGCAGAAGGAGGAGGAGGAGCAGCAGGAGGAGGAGGAGCAGCAGGAGGAGGAGGAGUUGAAAGCGCUUUGGCCUUGUGUUAUGUUUUGCUUCUUUUCUGUGUCUCCUGUUAGCACAUUGUACUUGAAUUACCUCAGUUUUUUGUGACCUCAUGAGCUUUUUUAACCUCUGUAUCUCUUUUUUUGGUUGGGGCUUGGAGGAAUGGGGAGGGUGUUCUUUUCUGUUUCUUGUGUAAAUUAACAGUUGUUUUUAUAGACUUCAGCUGGCCAAGACCCUCCCCGUGCCACUGGAGACCAGCCUCCCAGCUGGAAGGAACUGUGCAGGAGGAGCUGAUACUCAGGAUCUGAAUGUGAGGGCCGGGGAGGGCAAAAAACGUAGGUGGGGAGGGGAUGUUGCAUUGGGGUCCCAUGGUCCCCAAAGGGCACUAAGGAGUCACUAUCGGCUCCGCCGGUGCACGAAGUCACCUGUGGCCACCAUCCGUUCAGCCUAAAACACUCUGGAGAGAAUCCCACCUUUCUUACAAGUUGCUGGGCCAUUGAGGUUUGAGGGCCUGUGUUUGGAUCCUUGCAACUGUGUGGUCUCACCUCUGUGUGCAUUCUCAUUGCCAGGAUUGGUCUAUUUUCACGGCUGGUCUUUGGGGAGGGGGGCGGGAUCCAGCCUUUGUUUUGUUGUGUUGGGGCGGGGGUGUUGUUUUUCUAAAAGCUACCUCUUAUGUUUGUCCAGUUGUUCUUUUGUUCCUUUCCCGCCUCCCACUCUGCUGCUCUUCCCCCCUCUUUUCCCCAACCUCCCCCAACCCUCCUGAAUUUUGGAAAGCACAUUUGCAAUAUUCGUGUUUGCUUUGGGACGGACCCUCCGUUUCAUCUCAUGCUUUAUGUGUAAGAGUUUUUUAUUGUUAUUUUUUCUUUCCUUUCUCUCGCCGAGAAAGUUGUGGCUGCGUUUUGAUCUUAGGUUUUACAAAGUGGUUUAGGGAAGCGGUCUUGGGGAGAAGGAUCACGAGGAAUGUAGGGAAGCCGGAGGGAUGGGUGCUGCUGUGACGACCUCCCUGUCCCUCGGCCCCAGCCCUCCUGCCCUCCCCUUCAAUCUCAUCCACCAAAUCUGAAGGCCUUAAAAUUGUGUGUUGGGAGGAUGCGAAUUGGGAGGACGGUGUCACUAGACUGUUGAUUAGGGAUGAUGAAGUAGGGAGGAUGCUAUUUUGCAACUGUAAUAACGACUUAGUGUUUUGGAAAGGAAAAGAAGUUAAACUUGAAAUAUGUGACUAGAACAGUUGUCAUGUUUAUAAUGUGAAAAGGGUGAAAUCAUUUGGGGGAGGGGCCGUCUGUAAGAAAUCAGUAUGCACUAUGGCUUCCUCCUCUGGUCUGGGAAGAAGCAGGGACUGGCUGGCCCUCAGGGGAUCUGUAAAUCCCAGAAAACAGUAUUUUUAACAGCAAGAUGUCAUUCAACAUUGGUGGGGAAGGAAGAGAAAAAAUCAAACUAUUCCAUAGAACUAGCUUACCCCCUCACUCCCUUGCCCUUCCCACUCAGCCUGGGCCCCUCCCCCCUCCAUUCAUAAAAGCUGAGAGGGUUGAGCUAAUCUUUACAAAUUGUAAUAUUUUUGUAGUAUCUGUUAGUUCCUUCGUCAGUUCUGCAGAACCUUGCCCUUUCCUUUUGUAAUGUGAAUAGGAAGACAAAAGACAAAAAAAAGUCCACCACCACCAAAAUAUCCCUUUGUACAUGUGUGUGCGUGUGCGUGUGUGCUUUGUGUGUGUGGUUGUGUGUUAAAUCAUGCAGUAUUGUCGUAAUCUGGUGUUGCAGCAUUGGAUGGUACUAAAUCAGCACCCGGACGCCCCACCCAACCCGAUGGGCCCUGCAGACCCCAGUAGGGAGGUAGGGGGAGAGCUCAGAGGAGUGUGGUUUCUGAGGGCUACUGUUUGGGGACACCUCUGAAUUUGCUGUACCCUCCUCUCCCCGUGAAGACACCUGAAUAGAGUCUAACAUGCCUCUUCUCCAACUUCCUACCCACAACAACGGAACAGUUCUAAUGUUGCAAGGCCUAGUGGCCGGGGGCAAGCUAAGAGGCUGUCUGGAGGCUUUAUAUGUGUCUGGAGUUGAGGGGAGAGGAGGAGGGUAGAGGGAGGUCUCUGCCCAGGUGGGAUCUGAAUAUCUGUCCUCCCCUCCUCUUGGCGCCGUCUGACUCCUUUGGCCACCUGGCUGCCUUUAGCUGUGGCACUGCUGGCAACCCUGCUUGCUACUGCCUUAUCCAGCACAGUGAAAAACUUCUCCAGCCUGGCAAGGCCACGUUGGCUAAUAGUCCCUUUCCCGUGUCCAGCUCCUACAAGUGUGUCCCUUAAUGCGUUUGGUGACAUUUACACCUCACUCAUGUGCUCUUUCCCUGUUCACUCCUUCGCUCAUUCAAAGCAUUAAAAUCCUAUGUAUAUAUAGGAUAGACAAAUAUAUAGAUAUAUAGAUAUAUAUAUAGAGCAAGAGAUUGAUAUAAAAUAGUAAAUAUCAUUGCUGCUUUGGGCUGCUUUGGAGGAGGAGGCCAUGAGUAUGGGGAAGGCAGAUCUGGGGUGCAGGGGUGGGUAGGGAGGCUGGGGGACCCAGUGAUUCAGUACAAUCCAAGGGGUGCAACGUGGGCUUGUUUAAUCUUUGUGCCUGAACAGUUUUUCCAUGUUGAGAAAAAAAGAAACAAAACUGCUGCAAUUUUUCACAAGUGUAUGGUACCUUUCUGGAUGCUAUUGGUACAACUGCUGUGGACGGAAGUGGGCCACUGAGCUUACCUCCUUAUAGAGGAGUGAGCAGAGGUGGGGCAGCCUUUCGACUCUGUCCAUGAAGGGUGGCAGGGUCGGGGUAAUUUUGGGGCCUGUUUUCCGGCAAGCCGAGCUAGGGUGAAAACUGGGGGCGCACCAGGAUGUGAGACAGAAAAGCAGAAGAUUAGACUCUGUCCAUUCACUUUUCCUAGGCCCAUCCUGUGGUCAUCUUUCCCCCUCCCAUCUUACCUCCUCCUUUCUGGAGCCUCUGCCGACUUGGCUGUAAUGGUGGCACUUACCUGGAUAUUUCAGUGGGAGGACGAAAAGCGAGACUCACCCUAUGUGGUGAGACGGAUGGGGAGAGGAAAAAGGCAGAGAUGGCCAGGAGAGGGGCGCAGGACAAACCAGAGAGGUUGGGUCGGGGGAAGAAGGCGGGGAGAAAGAGGGGUGUAGGUCCUGCAGGCCGGUUAGCCAGCAGCUGCGGCCUCCCUGGGCCCUUGGCAUCCCACUUCGCAGACAGGGUACCAGCCUCCUGGUGUGUAUCAUAGGAUUUGUUCACAUAGUGUUAUGCAUGAUCUUCGUAAGGUUAAGAAACCGUGGUGGUGCACCAUGACAUCCGACCCAUAUAAAUAAAGAUAAAUAUAUAUAUAUAUAUGUAUGUAAAUUAUAGCACUGAGGGCCCUGCUGCCCUGCUGGACCAAGCGAAACUAAGCCUUUUGGUUUGGGGAUUAUGUUUUGUUUUGUUAUUUGUUUGUUUUCGUGGCUUGUCUUAUGUCGUGACAGCACAAGUGCCAGUCGGAUUGCUCUGUAUUACAUAAUAGUGUUUUUAAUUCAUCGAUGUUCUAGUUAAUGUCUACCUCAGCACCUCCUCUUAGCCUAAUUUUAGGAGGUUGCCCAAUUUUGUUUCUUCAAUUUUACUGGUUACUUUUUUGUACAAAUCAAUCUCUUUCUCUUUCUCUCCUCCCCACCUCUCACCCUUGCCCUCUCCGUCUGCCCCUCCCGCCCUCCCCUCCUCCCUCUGGCUCCCCCUCUCAUUUCUGUCGGCUCCAUUCUCUCUCCCUCUCUCCUGCCUCCUGCUGCCCCUCCCCAGCCCACUUCCCCGAGUUGUGCUUGCCACUCCUUAUCUGUUCUAGUUCCGAAGCAGUUUCACUCGAAGUUGUGCAGUCCUGGUUGCAGCUUUCCGCAUCUGCCUUCGUUUCGUGUAGAUUGACGCGUUUCUUUGUAAUUUCAGUGUUUCUGACAAGAUUUAAAAAAAAAAAAAAAAGGAAAAAAAUAAGAAAAAAUGAAUUUACUGCUGCAGGUUUUUUUCUCUCUCCAUGUGUCACUAAGUGAAGUUUGUGCCUUCUAUAGCAAAGAGAAUAUUUUUUACAUCCUACUAACAGUAGAUUUUUUUGUAGUGAACAUUUUUUGUAUUUUUAUUUAUAAGUCUCAUAAGAAAAAUAGCAAUGUUCAGUUGUAUACCUUGAAUCUGCAGUUAGAAGAGAAUAAAGUUAAUUCAGUUGUCUCUCGCUUGAAGCGUCCCACCUUUUUAUUGAAGUACUUGGUUUUUUUUUUCUUUUUUUUCUCUUUGCCUUUUCUUGUGUGGGGAACUCGGUAGAGGAAUUAAGAUUUCUGUGUAGGGACUGGGAAAAAGAAAGUUCUGUAUUACACAUAUUUAGCCUUAUCUAUGUGUCACUUUUAUGCCACAUUUACAAGGUACAUACGCACUGAAUAACAUUCUCCUAAUACUUUUUACUUAAAAACAUUGUUAAAUACAUGACUAUCAUAUGAUCCUUGGUACAGGGUGCUAGGUAGACACUCGUUCACUUAUUCAGCAAGACCACCGUGUACCAGUUACUGUUGUCGGCACUGGGAACUACAGCAGGGGACGAAACAGACAAACCCUGGCCGCCCUGGGGCUACCAUGCUAGCAAGCAGCUGAGUCGGAGUCCGUUGCUGUGUUAGGAUAACUUGCUCAGGAUUGCACGGCUGGUGAGCAGCAGUGAGAACUCCAUCCACCUCUCCUGACACCAGGUCAGGGUCCUUUAUUCCAGAGCUCCCAAAGCAGGAGUCUCCCGUCUUAGUCUUUAGAGAGACAUUUUCAACUGACUCCUUAGCAGCUAAGCAAGCUUCAGAAAUUUCUCAACAAGAAGCUUCCACACAAUCAAAGGUCCCUGCCUGCGUGUGUAGCAGCCAAGAGCCGUUAAGAAAGGAGAUUGGAGCAGGUGGCCUUGUGCAGGGGAGGGGAUGGGUGGGAGGCGGCCGUGCAAGCUCUGCAUUGUCACGGACAGAAUAAAGGAUUUCCGCAACA